UGCAUAACAGGAGAUAGUAAGAGGAAUUAAAAUUGAAACAGAAAUCUGAGAAUCAAACUUGAGAAUAAUGCCUCCCCAGAAGAUUGAAACGGGCCACCAAGACACCAUUCACGAUGUGGCCAUGGAUUACUAUGGCAAGCGUUUGGCAUCUGCAUCUUCGGAUACCACUAUCAAGAUAACUGGUGUGAGCAGCAAUUCUACUUCGCAGCACUUGGCAACAUUGAGUGGUCACCAAGGUCCUGUUUGGCAGGUUGCAUGGGUGCACCCAAAAUUUGGCUCCAUCCUUGCUUCCUGCUCUUAUGAUGGUAGAGUGAUACUUUGGAAAGAGGGUAACCAGAACGAGUGGACUCAGGCCCAAGUUUUUGAUAUCCACAAGUCCUCCGUCAAUUCCAUUGCUUGGGCUCCACAUGAACUUGGCCUUUGGUUGGCCUGUGGAUCAUCCGAUGGAAACAUAUCAGUCCAUACUGCCAGGGCUGAUGGUGGUUGGGACACUACAAAGAUUGAUCAAGCUCACCCUGUAGGUGUCACCUCUGUUUCAUGGGCCCCUUCAAUGGCUCCUGGUGCUCUUGUUGGAUCUGACAUGUUUGAGCCUGUCCAGAAGCUUGUUUCAGGUGGAUGUGAUAACACUGUGAAGGUAUGGAAGCUGUACCAUGGAAAUUGGAAGAUGGAUUGCUUCCCUGCUCUUCAUAUGCACUCUGAUUGGGUUAGGGAUGUGGCUUGGGCGCCUAACUUGGGGCUUCCAAAGUCUACAAUUGCGAGCGCUUCACAGGAUGGAACAGUUAUUAUAUGGACCGUAGCUAAGGAAGGUGACCAAUGGGAAGGCAAAGUUUUGAACGAUUUUAAGACCCCAGCUUGGAGGGUCUCAUGGUCGCUGACUGGAAAUAUAUUGGCUGUGGCAGAUGGAAACAACAAUGUAACAUUGUGGAAAGAAGCAGUAGAUGGGGAGUGGCAACAGGUGACUACUGUUGAGCCAUAGACUAGAAGUUUAUAUUCAUCUUACUGCUGCUGUCUCAUGGCUUUUAGCCGUGGCCUCCACUAGAUUGCCUGAUUUUUCUUUUCCCUUUCUUUACCAUUCAGUUGGACUUUACUCCCUUUUCUAGGUUUCAAUUUAUGUAAUCUCUUUUUGAAUUGGUUAUGUUGAAACUAUUGGUUCUUCCAAUUUAGUAUUCAAAUGUGUAGUGGGGUUGAUGAGCACUUCACAGACUUA